UAGCGUCAGUCAAGUUUGUGUGGCGUACGACAACAACCUUCGGAAGGAAUAGUACUCUGUGCUUAACGGCUUCGUCUGAAAGGCUAAUAAACAGCAAAUCCGUUGUAAAUAGUCGUACAUUUAUCUACUUUAACCGUUAUAACUAAACCUGUUUUAAUGGCCAGUCGAUCGCUUUGAAUGGAUUACAAUUUUUUCGACGGAAACAGUCCCGCAUUGCCGCUGACAGCGCUGUGUGCGCGUCCGAAUAGGAAAUUUGACUCCGAGCUUCGGGAGGAGUUAUUGCAAAACCAAGCUCCAUCUUUCAGGCAGUCAUCCGAUCUGUCAGCCGAGUCGAAUGGUCGCCCUGUAGCAGUGGAAAAUUUUUGGAACACGGACAUUUCCAAGAAGGAAGGCACAGACCAUGGCAGUAUUCAGUUCACAAGUGCUGCUUGCCGUGGCGAGAUCAAGGGGAUCCUACUUGCUCUCCAAGGGCCAUAGCUGUGCCUCCAUCCCGCCGACGGCCUGCGUGCGCUACCACCUGGAGCGCUCGCGGCGCGCGGCGCUGACCGCGCGGGUGCCGCGGUGGACGCCCCACCACUGCGCUCAGAUCCGCGUCCGGCCCGGCUGCGUCCCGGCCCGCGCCCUCCACAGCUCCUGCCCCUGGCUCCAGGAGGCCCAGGAGGCCAAGGAGGCCAAGCAGAGCAAGGAGAAGGCCGCGGAGGAUGACUCCCCGAAUAGGGACCCGGUCUCGGCCGGCCCCGCCCCUUCGCCGGCCGCAGACUCUGCCUCGGCCCCGGUCCCGUCCCCGGCCCCGCCCCUUGCCGCCGCGGCCGCUGCCCCCAAGGCGCCGGAGAAGGCGGUGCUCAGGAAGACCCUCAGGCAGAAGGUGCUGGAGGAGCUGAAGCACUACUACGACGGCUUCCGCCUGCUGGGGAUCGACACCAGCAUCGCCGGCCGGACGGUGUGGAGGCUCCUACACGGGCAGCAGCUCACCAGGAGGGAGCGGAGGAGGCUGAUGCGGACGUGCGCAGACCUGUUCCGGCUGGUCCCCUUCACGGUCUUCAUUAUCGUGCCCUUCAUGGAGUUCCUCCUGCCCGUCUUCCUCAAGCUGUUCCCCGAGAUGCUGCCCUCCACCUUCGAGACGGAGUCCAAAAAGGAGGAAAAGCAGAAGAAGGGGCUGGCCGCCAAGCUGGAGCUGGCCAAGUUCCUGCAGGAGACCAUCGCCGAGAUGGCCCGGAGGAACAAGGCCCAGACUGGGGAGACGCAGAAGUUCUCUACCUACGUGCAGAAGGUGCGCCACACAGGGGAGCAGCCCACCACCAAGGACAUUGUGCAGUUCUCCAAGCUGUUUGAGGACGAGCUGACGCUGGAGCACCUGGAGCGCCCCCAGCUGGUGGCUCUGUGCAAGCUGCUGGAGCUGCAGCCAAUCGGCACCAACAACCUUCUGAGGUUCCAGCUGCUGCUGCAGCUUCGCACCAUCAAGGCUGAUGAUGAGAUGAUAGCCACGGAGGGCGUGGCUGCCAUGAGCGUGUCGGAGCUGCAGGCGGCCUGCAGGAGCCGGGGCAUGAGGUCACUGGGCCUGACCACAGAGCAGCUCCACCAGCAGCUGCAGCAGUGGCUGGACCUGCAUUUGAAAGAGAACGUGCCCCCCUCUCUGCUGCUGCUGUCCCGAGCCAUGUACCUGACUGACCUCACUCCCAAACCGCCCGUCAUACCCCCAGUGCCAAAGUUGGAGAAAGCGCCCUCCCCGCCGGCCGCAAGCGAGCCCCCCGUGCAGGAGAAGCCCAUGCUGGCGUCCCAGGACCUGCUGAAGGACCCCGCCCCCAUCAUCAAAGAGCGGAAGGGUGAAGAACUCCUGGAUAAGGCCUUCAUUUCAGAGAUGCCAUCGACCGAAGCACAGAUCAUUCACGCGAAAAACGCGCAGAUGGUCCACGCGCCCAAGAAGAUGUCUGCCAACGGCAUGUGAGGGACCGCCCCGGGGCAGGACCGCCCCGUCCCGUCGCACCGAGAGGAGACGAGGGCGGGGGCACACCCUUCAUUAACCGAACCUGUUCAAGCUGCUAGAGGGAGAGAGAGAGAGAGAGGGAGAGUGAGAGUGAGAGAGACGCCCUUGGACGAGUUCUCCGGGUUCUCACCAAUGGGCUGACUAACCUUGACCCCGCCCCCUUCCCUGGAGGAGGGCGUUUCCCAGGAAACCAGAGGCUGGGAGGGCGGGGAGAAAGCCGCUCCGGUCUCCAAAUUGUCCACGACUGAUUCGGUCCUGCCAGACUCAGUGAGUGAAGCCGACGAACGCUUUGGGUGCGAGGUGCAUUUCCAUUUCCCGCCUCCAGCUCAACUUUACAAAAAAAAAAAA